AUGGCCGCUGUUCCUAGCGUCCUGUGCGUCUUCGUCGUAGCUCUUCGCGUCUGGACUCGAUGGCGGAGUAAAAAGUAUGAUCUAGACAGAGGAUACGCUGCUCGUGAUAGCAACGGCUCUGAACCUAGUGCUCUCCUUCACUACAUGUGGAUGUGCCAUCGAUCCGAUAUUGAUGAUGAAGGUAUUCACAUCCGCUGCCACCCAUAUGUCAUGCUUGCUAAUUUGCAUCGGUUAUCGUUCAUCUUGACGCUCAUCAAGCUGCGCUCGCCGAAUAUCUGGAUCAACUACUGUCUGUGGGCUAUGCUCUGCCUGAACGCUUGUUUUGCCGUUGGCGCGCCGCUUGCUUGUAUAAUGCAAUGCAAUCCGAUCGCCAAAUACUGGGACCGUCGCAUUAUUGGAUCUUGUGUUCACGCGGGAGCAUAUACUGUCAGCACAUCAUCCAUAGUUCUCGCGACAGACGUCCUCAUCCUUAUCAUGCCUUCAUGGAUGUUGCAUGAUCUCAGCAUGCCACUCGGCCGCAAGCUGAUGGUUAUAGCGUUCCUUUCAUUUGGAAUUGCUGUCACCGUUGUAGGUGCUGUGCGCACAAGCGUCCUCGUAAAGAAAUUCGUCAUCCAGGAAGUCGUUGAAGACCCAACAUAUGGCAUGUCCUACACUUUAUCAAACGUCGAGUCUGCUCUCGCCAUCAUUGGGACUUGCGGACCAACCGGACAAAAUCUCCUUGGUCUCUGUAUCCCAUCGCUCAAAACAGUCGAUGAGUCGAGGAAUCAAUUUUACGAGUGUCGAAAUACCGGACGCUCACGAGGGGAAAGACAGACCAGGCCAUAUGCCGUUGAUCUUCAGGGUCAGAUUGCAUCGAAGGAGAUUGACGAAGGAACCCAGAGGGAGUGUCAUUGUUCUCGCUCGUUUGGGUCGUCCGAGAAUUUCGUGAUGAUCAACUCCAUCACUAAGACUGUGACAUUGAGGGUCGAUGCUGCUCAAAUCGACUCACAUAGCGAGAACGAGCAACGAAUUAGCACCCCGCACAACAUAUUGUAG